AUGUCUUCCAACGUGGUGGUUAUCUCGACCGAUUUCCGGCGAGCUACCGUCAAGGUCUCGCCCGGAACCUACCUCAUCGAUGUACUUGAUGAAGCCUGCAGGAAGCUUAACCUGCAAAGCGAUAAAUAUUUACUAAAACACAACAACAAGCAGCUUGACUUAUCAAACCAACUUCGGGCUUACAACCUCUCCCAUGGCGCCAAACUCGAGCUUGUAGUCCGAUCAAACACCACUUCCGUAGUCAGUGUCGCCCUCAAACUGCCCGAUUCUGAAGCCGCCGGGAUCCCCAAUGGCCGCUUGAUCGAGAAGUUCCGCAGCGACACAACAUUAUGGAAAAUGCUCAGGCACUUCGAGAGUGGCGGCUCCACCUCAGGUGCUGCCCCGACCGGAAGGAAAUUCAACUUCACCGCUAGGGGAGUGCCACAGACUGCAGGAGGAAGCCAAGCAGGGGCCGGACAGCUGUACCACGAGAGCCCAGUGUUGAAUGUGAUGGGAAGGGAGUUGUCUUCGCUGGCGGACUUGCAAAAGACACUGGCGCAGAUCGGCAUCAUGGGAAAUGUCCUGAUUACACUCUCUUUCAGGCUUUCGGGGAUGACGCUGCACGAGGCCAUGCAGCAGAUUGAACAGUUCUUCACAGAGGAUUCAGAAGCGCCUACGGCAGCAGCAUCAGAGAAACCCAAGUCUGAAGAACCAGCAGCAGCAACACAGUCAUCCGCGCAAGAGAAGACGCCACAACCAUCGAUAUCCGCGACGUCGGCAACAGAACCUCAGGAUUUAAGCACCAACAACAGUCAGAGCACGAGCCAGUCAAACGAUCCAACAUCGGCAGGGCAAGGGACCAGUCAGCCCGAGGGGGCGCAAUCAUCAUCAUCUCAUGGCCGGGGUAUGCGGGUUUUCGCAGCCCCAUCGGCAUCUACGCCAGCGGCCGCGCUUACAAAAGACCCGGAGUCGGCCUUUCAACCCACCAUCAUGCAUGCGCAACUCCAUCAACAGCGCUUGCAGCAAAAUUCGGUCAACAAACGUCUGCCUUCGGACCGAGAAAUCGAGGCUAAACAACAGGCCGAGGCGGCCAAGCUGGCAUCAAUCAAGGAGGUCAGCAUCAAGGUUCGUUUCCCAGACAACACAUCAGCACAGUGGACUUUUGGCCCCGAGGACACUGCUGGAUCACUCUAUUCCGAAGUCAGAAACGUCAUGGCAGAUCCAACACAGCCUUUCAAACUGGUCAGCCCUGCUGCGAAGGGUCCUGUGGGUACUGGUGACUUGGUUGACGACAGCAGCGAGAAGCACAACUUGAUCCGAGCAUAUCGUCUCGAGGGCCGGGUAGUUGCGACGGUGGUAUGGGCCGAUUCGGUACCGCCCAGCGUACGGAGGGCACCUUUCCUGAAAGGAUCCGUGGCUCAGCAGGCUCAACAAAUACAGAUACCCGUCAUACCAGUUUCAACUCCAGAUACGGAGGAUGUACCGAUGCCAACACCCGCCGAAAGGUCUGAAAAGAAGGGAGACGGCAGCGGUGUGAAGCUACCAAAGUGGCUGAAAUUGCCUGGAAAGAAAUGA